AUUUUUUAGUUUAACCACAGCCGCGUAGCACAGCAGAGAGAACGAAUUAAGAACUUUUGGCUCGCCGCAAGUUAUUAUUUUUGAAAAAUUUACUUUAUUUUGAAAAAAAAUGUUUUCGAACCAUUUUGUAUUACGAAAUUCGCAUCCAACGUGAAAUUAUGGGUAAAUUUCGUAGAUGUGCGUAUUUGCUCGGGGUGAUAAUAGUAAUUUUGUGCAUUUUUAUGGAAGCCAUUGAAGCGGGCUGGAGUGCGCAAUGCUGGAAGAAGCACAAUUCCGGUUCCAUACAAACGCCAGAUGGUGAAUUCAAACGUCCGUUCGGCAUACUUUGCACAUAUCACUGCAUGCUGUGGUUCCCACCAAUCUAUCCAUACUGCGAAUUCAUUUUCGAUCUUCGAAUGUCGAGGCAUUUUACUUCCUAUCCCGAUUGUUAUGAGAUCCGCUGCAAUGAGACCUUCACCUUCAUCGGCAACUGAUGAGUGCACCGAAUAAAAUAUCUAAAUAUAUUUUUAACUAGACUAAAUAUUUUGUAAAUAAAAUAACUCUUGUAUUGUAUAUAUUUACGUACGCAUUACUCGCAAAUAAAUGUUUUGAAAUUUG